AUGACGGCCGCCCGCCUGCUGCGCUCGUGCGUUGAGACCCUCGUAAGCUUCGUGUUCACGCCAGCAUUGCAAUUGAUUCUGCUUCCAUUCUACGUUCUCCUCGGCUCGCCACCUAUCGCGCUCGGCCUCUGCAGCUCCGACGCUGCUGUCGGCGUGCCUCCCGCCUUCCUCGCCUGGCGUCGCCUUCCAUAUCUGAUCCCGAUGGUGCUCUUCGUCGACCUGCCGAUUGCCAUCUUAUUCUCCGCGACAAAUCUGAUCGAGCUUCUGUUCCUCCGGAACCCCCUCAUCCUCACCAUCUACAGCCUCUGCCGAAGCGCCUCACGGCUCCCCUACCGCCAGCUGACGUCCCCGAUGUCGACCAAAAACUCGACUCCCUGCCCCUCGGUGCCCGUGCCAUCGCACGAGUACAUCGCGCGGCGGCGCCUCGAGGCCGCGCCCGCAGCGAUGCAGAUGCAGCGGGACGACCAGUUCGUGCCGUGCUUCCCCCCCGACACCGAGUCCGGUCUUCACGCUCGCGAACGGCCGCGCGCAAACACCAUCGACGGCGCCCGCUACCGCGAACACGCCUCCGUCUGGGCUGCCCUCGAGGGCGACGGCGACAAGGCAACUGCUGAGCUGUCCGCCGCGACGGCAGCGUUGAAUGCGGCGAGAACGGAUGAGGACGUUGAUGCGGCGAAGGACGCGGAGAGCACUGCCUCGGCCGCGCUGAAGUGCUACUUCACAAGCGCGCUCGUGGAGACGCUUGGCGAGCCGGAGUCCGCCGUGCGGACGAGCCUGCGCAACGUCCUGAAGACCGCUUUCAAGAAGAAGAAGACGACGAACUAA